GCGGGCAGAGCCGGAGCCUGAGGCGAGCUGUGUAGAUCCCACGCCAUGCGCAGGGUCGAGCGCAGGGGUGCCCCGAGCCCGGGACAACAGGGCAAGGCCUCGCUGGAAGGGCCGCCGGCGGAGCCCGGGCCCACGACUGAGGUCGGGACAGGGGUCCGCCGCAGCACCGAGUCCGAGGUCUACGACGACGGCACUAACACCUUCUUCUGGAGAGCCCACACCUUGACUGUCUUGUUCAUCCUCACUUGCGCCCUUGGCUAUGUGACCCUUCUGGAAGAGACUCCUCAGGACACUGCCUACAACACCAAAAGAGGAGUGGUGGCCAGCAUCUUGGUUUUCUUGUGUUUUGGAGUCACGCAGGCUAAAGAUGGACCGUUCUCCAGACCUCACCCAGCUUACUGGAGGUUCUGGCUGUGCGUCAGCGUUGUCUACGAGCUCUUCCUCAUCUUCAUCCUCUUCCAGACGGUGCACGACGGGAGGCAGUUUCUGAAGUACAUCGACCCCAAUCUGGGCGUCCCCUUGCCUGAGCGAGACUAUGGCGGGAACUGCCUCAUUUAUGACCCGGACAACCAGACGGACCCCUUCCACAACAUCUGGGACAAAAUGGAUGGAUUCGUUCCUGCUCAUUUCCUCGGCUGGUACUUGAAGACCCUGAUGAUCCGGGACUGGUGGAUGUGCAUGAUCAUCAGCGUCAUGUUCGAGUUCCUCGAGUACAGCCUGGAGCACCAGCUGCCCAACUUCAGCGAGUGCUGGUGGGACCACUGGAUAAUGGACGUGCUCCUGUGCAACGGGCUGGGCAUCUACUGCGGCAUGAAGACCCUGGGCUGGCUCUCUCUGAAGACGUACAAGUGGCAGGGCCUCUGGAACAUCCCCACCUACAAGGGCAAGAUGAAGAGAAUCGCCUUCCAGUUCACGCCCUACAGCUGGGUGCGCUUCGAGUGGAAGCCUGCCUCCAACCUGCGCCGGUGGCUGGGAGUCUGCGGCAUCAUCCUGGUUUUUCUCUUGGCAGAACUGAACACCUUCUACCUGAAGUUCGUGCUCUGGAUGCCCCCCGAGCACUACCUGGUUCUCCUCCGGCUUGUCUUCUUUGUGAACGUGGGGGGCGUGGCCAUGCGGGAGAUCUACGACUUCAUGGAUGACCCGAAGUUCCAUAAGAAGUUUGGCCAGCAGGCCUGGCUGGUGGCGGCCAUCACGGCCACGGAGUUCCUGAUCGUGGUCAAGUACGACCCCUACACGCUGACCCUGUCGCUGCCCUUCUACGUGGCCCAGUGCUGGAUCCUGGGCACCGUGCUCAUCCUCACCUGGACCGUCUGGCGCUUCUUCCUGCGGGACAUCACCCUGCGCUACAAAGAGAUCCGGCGCCAGAAGCAGGAGAGCCGCUGCGAGGCGGACCCGGCCUCCACUGACGGCAGCGAAGGGCCUUCCCCGCUGCUGGAGGAGCAGGACAGAGAUGGGGAGCUGUGAGCGGAUGGACGCCGGGCACUGCCUCCCUCAGCUGCGGGCUGCGGCCCCCCAGGGACCGGCCCCGGGGAGGUGAGGGGGCAAGGCGAGCCCCGGCACCCUGACCUGGGAUGCACAGGGGGCACCCUCUGGGCACGGCUGCCAGACCAGAGAGGCGGGCCGGCCACAGGGGCGCGGGCAUCCAGGCCGGGGAAGGCUCUUUGUCCCAGCCCCGCCUCCAGUCCGGCCGGGACGGACGCCUCACCCCGGAGGGUCCGGCGGGAGCUCUGGGCUCUCCCUCGCCCUCCAGGGGCCAGGGCUCCAGGUUGGAAGGACACAGGCAUUAGGGGAGGGGUCGGUGCACAAAUAAAGACGGGAAGGAAAGAGA